GCCGCCGUUCACCCACACAAACCGCAAGAAUCCAAACCACCUGCCGCGCCGGAGCGCCAUCGCCGGAGCCAUGGAGCACUACGAGCGGCUCAGCAAGAUUGGCGAGGGCGCGUCGGGCGUCGUCUACAAGGCCCGCGACCGCCGCACCGGGGAGACCGUCGCCGUCAAGCGCCUCCACGUUGGCGACGGGGAAUACUCGCUCUCAGAGGAGACCUUCCUCCGCGAGGUGCGCUGCCUCGAGGCGUGCCGUGCACACCCGUCCCUUGUUGAUCUCCGCGCCGCGCACCACGGCCCCGACGACGCCGGCGCGUUUCUCGUGAUGGAGUACGUUGGGCCGAGCCUGGCGCAGGUCAUGAGGGAGGACCGCGCCGGGCGGCCGCUCGCCGAGGCCGAGGCGCGCCGCGUCAUGCGGCAGCUCCUGGAGGGAGCGAGGUCGAUGCACGAGCUCGGCGUCCUGCACCGGGACAUCAAGCCCGACAACGUCCUCGUCGACAACCGCGGGGACGUCAAAAUCUGCGACUUUGGGCUGUCGCGCACCACUGACACCGCGGCCGACGGCGCGCCGUAUACGUCGGGCGUGGUGACGCUGUGGUACCGCGCGCCGGAGCUCAUCCUGGGCUCGCGGGACUACGACGCGGGCAUCGACACGUGGGCGCUCGGCUGCAUAAUGGCCGAGCUCCUGGCCGGCGCACCGCUGUUCCGCGGGAGGUCGGAGAUGGACCAGCUCAACAAGGUGUUCGACACGGUGGGGAUGAAGGACAUGAAGUCAUGGCCAGGCUUCGCGCGGCUUCCGCGCGCUGAGUCGGCGCUCUGUAACCGCAGCAGGCCGCCCAGCCGGCUCCGGGAGAUGUUCCCGGCAUUGUCAGCUGCCGGGUUCGACGUCCUGAGCGGGCUUCUGGCCUGCAGGCCGGACAGCAGGCUCACUGCGGCGGACGCGCUCCGGUGUCCGUGGUUCGCGGAGGCCGCGGCGCCUGAAGCUAUGCCCGAUCAGCCGCUUGCGCCGUGCGGCGCCUUCUUCACUGCCUCUGUCGCCGGUGUCGCUAAGGCAAUCGUAGCAUAGAACACCAGAACAGAACAGUUAAUUCUUUAAGAGCUUGUAGAUUAGAAAAUCUUUUUGAAAGCAUUGUAAAUUAGAAAGUGAUUGCAUUAAUUUUAUGGCAAUUCUGCAA